CCUUCCAUAUUCCCAUAAAUCACAUGGCCCAGUAACCUAAUGAGACCAACGUCACUUGGCCGUUCUCGCCCUCUAAUGGGAACACUGGCCUGGGAGUAAAGCGCAGACCCCCAAGCCACGUACCACGCACGGCCUGAGCCACUCCAAGAACUCGGGACCCUCUCACUGGGAACCUUCCACACACUCUUCAAGCAACGCACAGCAGCACCAACAGUUGAAAUGAAAGUUCUAAUCUCUUCCCUCCUUCUGUUGCUGCCACUAAUGCUGGUGUCCACGGUCCACAGCAGCUCAAAUCCAGGGAUUGCCAGAGGCCAUAGGGACCAACGCCAGGCUCCUGGGAGGUGGCUCCAGGACGGAGGCCAAGAAUGUGAGUGCAAAGAUUGGUUCCUGAGAGCCCCUAAAAGAAAACUCAUGACAGUGCCUGGGCUGCCAAAGAAGCCGUGUCCCUGUGAUCAUUUCAAGGGCAGGAUGAAGAAAACCAGACACCAAAGACACCACAAGAAGCCAACCAAGCCCUCCAGAGCCUGCCAGCAAUUUCUCAGACGAUGUCAGCUGGCAAGCUUUGCUCUGCCCUUAUAGGAGCUCUGAGAGCCCACCGUCCCGAUAAAGCAUUCUGUCAACAAGGCAGUGAGCGCACCUAGAAGAUGCUAUUCUCCCACCUCAAGCUCCCCAUCCCUGUUCCCACUCCCUAAAUCAUCCCAAAAAGCAUGUUCCCCAAGAUUAUUGCCCCCUCUAGUGGCUUCUUUCCUUGUCAGUCUUUUCCUGGGGCCUCCCCUUACCAGGUUUAAACUUACUUACCAGGAAUUUCUGGUUGCCUAGCUGGUCCCACUGGAUCUUAAAUAUAACCAAGCAAGUAGUA